AGGGUCGAUGUGGAGGACGAUGGGCCGGGAGUUCUAGACAUUCCGGUGACCUUUAGGGCCACAUUGAGUGGCUAUGAUAUUGGACUCCAGAAUCAAUUCGUGUAUGUCUUCGAUGACAUGGGAGUGUCUCCACGACAUCGUCAGGAGAUAAUCAGUGGUCGAGACGCCAAUUAUACCAUCACUUAUAACUCGAAAGACACUUCAGCUGACAAAUACAAUAUGAGAGUUGAGGUCUAUGUGUACAUCUGGGGCUUAAGAGGAUGGCUCAUCGCCGAAGACAAUCACCAAUUUGUUCUCCAAAACACACUGCCGGGCAGUAUAAACAUCAGCCAAUCGGGUGUCUCGGAGAAGGCACUGACAGAUGGAAUAGUGGCGACCAAUAGGACGGUG